AUGACUGACUCUGAAUUCUCCUUGAAGAAUAGUCUGAAAGAUAUCUUAUUUGGUUCGUUAUCUGGAUGUACUGGUAAAUUAAUAGAGUAUCCUUUCGAUACAGUUAAAGUUAGAUUACAAUCACAACCGCAUGAUCAACCUUUGAAAUAUAAAAACUCAUUUGAUUGCAUAAAGCAAACUUUCACCAACGAGGGUUUCUUUGGAUUUUAUAGAGGAAUUUCAUCUCCUAUAGUUGGUGCAGCUGCUGAAAAUGCAUGUCUUUUCGUGACUUAUAACAUUGCACAAGAUUUCUUAAAGAAUCAAUUGUCAAUGAAACAAAAUGAAGAAUUACCAUUAAAUUUACUCGUAUUAUCAGGUGGAUUCAGUGGUUGUGUUGCCUCAUAUAUCCUAACACCAAUUGAAUUAAUCAAAUGUAAAUUACAAGUGGAGCAGGUUUAUUCACAAAAGAAAUCAUCAAUAAUACAACUGAUUAAACAAGUGUUAACAAAUGAUGGGAUAAAAGGUUUUUGGCAUGGUCAAACAGGUACACUAUUAAGAGAAUGUGGUGGUACUGCUUCAUGGUUUGGUGCUUAUGAAUUCAUGUCAAAAGAGUUGAAAAUUGCAAGAUUAGGUUCUGAAAACAUAAAUGGUGCUGAAAACACAAUCUCUGAAUUAUUGAUAAGUGGUGCAUGUGCUGGUAUCUCAUAUAACUUGUCAUUAUUCCCUGCUGAUACUAUAAAAAGUAAAAUGCAAACAAGUAGUGUUGUUAAUCCUGAUCAAAAAUUAACUUUUAUUUCCACUGCUAAAUUGAUAUAUAAACAUGGUGGGUUGAAAGCUUUUUAUAGAGGGUUGGGUAUAACUUUAACAAGAGCUGUUCCAUCAAAUGCUGUUAUCUUCUUCACUUAUGAAAAACUAAAGAAAACAUUUGCAUAACCUACAAUCAUAGAUACAUAUAAAAUAUAAAUUAGAUAUUCUUUAAAGAACGAGUUUUGGAAGCUUUGGCUAGUUUCAAUAAUUUAAUACUAAAUGUAGUCAAUUCUUCUUUGAAAAAGAAUAAAAAUGCAGCAGUCAUAACACUUUGAGAUAAUUUAACACUAAUACCAUUAUAAAAACCUGCAAUUCCUUCUUUUGAAUAAAUUUGUUUAAUCCAACCUAUAAUCGUCUUUGGAUUUGAAUUUGAUUCAUCUUUGAGAUGCAUUCUUGAUUUUAAUGUAAUAUAUGGAUAGGUUGAACCAGUGGCAAUCAAUUUACCUAAAGCUCCAAUAAAGAAUGCAUGUAAUGAAGUCAUACCAUUUGGUUUUCUUUUAUUAAUGAAAUUUUUCAAUUGUUCAAAUAUAGUGUAUUGAAUAAUUGG